AUGGCGAAGCCUAUCUUGACUCGAGUCGGCCACGCUUUCGCAAAGCUUUUACGAGUUGAUUUAGGUCCAACCCCUCCCCCAGUGAGAGGUGAGGCUAGAACGUAUGGCUAUUACGAGCACGAACCCACCGUGGGUGACUGGUUUCGAGGCCAUACGCCCACUGUUCCGCACGCUCGUCGGUACAUCUGGGGCCUCGUCCCUUUCCUCCAUUGGAUCGGAUAUUACAACGUGCAAUGGCUGAUUGGGGAUCUUGUGGCAGGAAUCACUGUUGGCGCCGUGGUCAUUCCACAGGGGAUGGCAUACGCUGAACUAGCCAAGCUGCCGCCAGAGUACGGUCUGUACUCGUCAUUCAUGGGGGUCUUGAUCUAUUGGUUCUUUGCAACAUCCAAGGAUAUCACCAUAGGCCCAGUGGCGGUCAUGUCUACCCUCAUGGGCUCAAUCAUCAUCAGGGUUCAAGCAGUUCACCCUGAAAUACCUCCACCGGUCCUUGCUUCCGCUCUGGCAAUCAUCUGCGGUGCGAUCGUUUUGUUCCUCGGAUUGCUUCGUCUGGGCUUUAUUGUCGAUUUCAUCCCUCUUCCUGCUAUCUCUGCUUUCAUGACCGGGUCCGCGAUCAAUGUUUGUGCUGGCCAAGUGAAGACGGUUCUCGGGGAGAAAACGCAUUUCUCGACGCGUGGGGCAACCUACAACAUCAUCAUUGAUACACUGAAGCAUCUUCCUUCCGCUCGGAUGGAUGCUGCUAUGGGCCUCACGGCUUUGGCAAUGCUCUAUGGCAUACGGUCUGCUUGCAACUAUGGAACGAGGAAGAAGCCCCACAAGGCCAAGCUGUUCUUCUUUCUGUCCACACUGCGCACUGCCUUCGUCGUUCUUUUCUACACCAUGAUCAGCGCUGCGGUCAACCUCCAUCGACGCAAUCACCCUGCCUUCAAGCUACUUGGUCAUGUUCCCCGGGGAUUCAAGGCCGCAGGAGUCCCCAAGAUAGAUGUGCCCAUGAUCAAGGCAUUUCUUAGUGAACUCCCUGCCGCUGUCAUGGUUCUGCUGAUUGAGCACAUCGCUAUCUCGAAGUCAUUCGGUCGGGUCAACAACUAUACGAUCGAACCAUCGCAGGAGUUUAUUGCAAUUGGCAUAUCAAACUUACUAGGUCCAUUCUUGGGUGCAUACCCAGCUACAGGCUCAUUCUCGCGAACUGCCAUUAAAGCAAAGUGUGGCGUCCGCACUCCCCUUGCAGGUGUGAUCACGGCCGCUGUUGUCCUUCUUGCCAUAUAUGCGCUGCCCGCACUGUUCUUCUUCAUUCCCAAAUCGUCCUUGUCGGCCGUGAUCAUACACGCAGUGGGUGAUCUCGUUACACCGCCCCGUAUCACGUAUCAAUUCUGGCGUGUGUCUCCAAUUGACGCACUCAUAUUCUUCAUGGGUGUUAUUGUGAUCGUAUUCUCAACCAUCGAGACUGGAAUCUACUGCACAAUCGGCGUUUCCCUGGCAGUACUCCUCUUCCGACUCGCCAAAGCCCGAGGCCAAUUUCUCGGCUACGUCCAGGUCCAUUCAGUCGUGGGUGACCAUAUCCUCAACUCGCCCCAGGAGGACCCCAAUACCGAAUUCGACGAUGAUUCCGAGAGAUCCCGAAGAAUCUACCUCCCAACCGAGCAUGAAGGUGGCACAAACCCCCGAGUCAAGAUCCACCAGCCAGCCCCAGGUAUCUUCAUCUACAGAGUCUCCGAAGGGUUCAACUACCCCAAUGCAAACCACUACACAGACCACAUCGUCAGUCACAUCUUCAAAGAAACCCGACGCACAAACCAACACGCAUGGGAAACAACAGGCGACAGACCCUGGAAUGACCCGGGUCCAACCCGCGCCGAACGCAAACCCCUCAUGGCAGAGGAAGCUCUCACGUCUCCACUCCCAACUCUCCGUGCCAUAAUCCUCGAUUUCGCCGCAGUCAACAAUGUAGACGUUACAUCUGUGCAGAACCUCAUCGAUGUCCGCAACCAGCUAGACCGCUGGGCGUCCCCAGAGAGCGUGCAGUGGCACUUCGCGAACGUCCACAACAGAUGGACGAAGCGUGCCCUCGCAGCCGCUGGGUUCGGGUUCCCUGUCGUCUCGGAUGGAUCAGGUCCUCGAUGGCAGAGAUCGAUCUUCAACGUGGCUGAGAUCUUGGAUGGCAGUCUACCCGGCCCAGUAGCUCAGUCUCCGGUCAAAGAGUCGGAGGGCUGGUCGAAGGAUCUAGAGGCUGGCUUGAAGUUACAGGAGAGGAGUGCUUCCUUGUCGGUCAUGGGUGUCUCUGAGGAUGAUAUUCAGGUUUUGCAGGCCGAUCAGAGGGAUGCAAAGGUAAACCCCCAUCGUGGCCGCAGCCGAUCCGGUGUCGGUACUGGUAUGGCUGCCGUCGAUGGAAUUAAUCGCCCUUUCUUCCAUGUGGAUCUGACUAGUGCUCUGAAGAGUGCUAUGGCUGAUUUGUAG